CAAAAAACGUCACAGACUCAACAUGGCGCGGGAAACCCGGGAAGAGACGAAGAUGGAAACCGUGGGAGAAGUCGCUGAAGAGGCAGAUACCUUAAAACUUUACGAAACACAGUUCUUCGGCUUCACCCCGCAAACCUGCAUGUUGCGGGUCUACAGCGCCUUCCAGGACUGCCUCUACGACAUUUUACCCGUCGUGGAGAAGGUGUGUGUGAGGCAGUUAAGCAGAGGCGAGUCGGACGGGGCUGAGGAGCUGCUCCGGUCCCGGGCCAGGGAGUGCAGCCGCAAGCUGCAGCAGUUCCUCGAGGAGCGGUUCAAGCCGCUGUCGGAGCGGAUGGAGGCGCUGCUGGUCAGCCGCUGCCUCUCCGUGCCGCCAAACGUCCUGCUGCCCGAGGACCAGGCACACAAGACCUGCCCCCCAGACAUACAGGAGGUGCUGAGACUGGAGUCGUCCCUUGCUGACCUCCAGAGAUCGUACGAAGCAGAAGUCUGUGCCAGACAGGCCCUGCUAGCUGAGCUGGAGGAGCAGAAGGAGGUGCAGAAGCAGCUGGAUGGGAUCCUGAUGUGGGUCAGAGAGCUCCAGGCGGCCUGGGUGAAGGAGGGCAACGGCAGCUUCCAUGAAAGUUUCCGGCUGGUGAUGGAGUCCGUAAAGAAACUGCAGGAGGCCGUCGGGGAGGUCUGCAACAAGGCGCCUCAUUGAGAUGAAUGCAAAAUUUUAAAACAUUUAAUAGUCUAUUCUGAUUUGCCCCAUUUGAGAGAAGACAAUUUGGAAGACAUCUGUAACGGCAAUGCAGACAUUAAACAAUCUCACUCACUGACAAUUCAGUAGUCUGUAAGUCCCGUUUUCAUCUUGAUAUGUAAAUAUUGUAAUACAGCAUAUAUUACUCACACACAGGGCUUCUGUUCAGACCUUUAGACCAGUUUAAAAAGCUGUUUGUGUCAAGUUGGACGGUAGUUUUUGGCCAUGGUUUGUCAGGUAUGACGGUAUAUUUAUUAUAUAAAUAUAUAUAUAUAUACCCAAAAAUGAAGCCAAAACAUGUGCUUUCAUGGAACAUAAUGAUAAUUUAAUCCCAAGAAGUAGUUGGUUACUUAAUAACGUAACAGCAACAUCAGCUAGUCAAGUUUACCUUUCCACACUGUGAUGUAAAUAAUAAAACAGAUGGAUGUGUUUUAGCUGAUGUGGUGGUUACUGUCAUCUACCUCCUCCCUCAGCUUGACUGCAUUAAAAGCUCAACUCCAAUUUCUUAACUCCUCUUAUUUUCUUAACUUUAUUUGUAACUUGAGGAUGGUUAUUUUUUGUUUGUCACACUGGAGGUGUUCAUGAUAUUAUGAUUAUACCCAGCAGAGGGCACUCUCUGCAUGUUGACUCUAAUCCAUCUGCAGCACAACAAUAAACCAUCCCCUGAUGUUA